UGUUGACAAGAACACAGGUUUAUCAAAGGAGUCUUACUCUUCUUAGUCGCUAGAGCUGUGGCAUUAGUAACGUCCAGUAUUUAGUCAGAGGAAACAAUGAGCCAAGAAAAAAGAAGUAAUUUUGACACCAUAGAACUGGAACAUAUUUCCAACCUUUUAAAACUAUAUUGGUCAAGCACCAACAAACAAACUGGUGGACAAGGUGAAAAACUUGACUAUUGCUACAAAUAUGCAGGAGGGUGUUCUUGGUGCUUUGGUAGCAUAACAUCCAGUGAGGCUGCCAAGUAUUUAAGCAGCAAAUGUCAUAGUGAAACAGAACCCAGUUCACCCUUGAAGAAAGUCACUGGUCCACUUGAGACCAUUGAACCUAUAAAACUUGCAAGUCUGCUCUUAGCUUAUAACAACAGUCUGACUGGAGCUCUUCUGAAAAAAAGUUGUGUACAUGAUAACAAGGACUUUGAAAGAUCUCACACUGAAGCUAUCUUCAAGCUUAAACACAGAAGAAUUGUUCAAUUUUAUGGGCUCAUAAAAAGAGAUCAAGAAAUUAUCUUGUAUUUUGAAAAUGUCAAGAAGGGAACACUCUCUUACUACAUCUCAAAACAUGGAGUCCCUGAUGAACCAUCAACAAAACUAUUUACCAUACAAAUAUGGGAAGGCAUCAAUUACUUGUAUAGCAAUAAAGUUUUGAAUCAGGAUUUGAGAGGUAAUAAUAUAUUGAUGGGAGCUGAUAAAAACAUAAAAAAACCAGAUAUUUUCAAAAUCUGUCCCCUGGAUAAUAAUAAAAAAAGAUGGAAAAUGCCAUUUUCAUGUUCCAAAAGGGAAGUAGAGAGUUUUGAUGAUGAAACCAAAAUUGAUAUUUGGUCCAUUGAAAUAACUGGGUCAACUGGGCAUUCUGGGGAAUUCAGUGCACAAGAUGUGUAUGACUUGCCGGCAAAAGCUCGAUCUAACUUGCCUAAUUUGGCAUCAUCAAAAGUAAUAGAGAAUUCUGAAGAAAUUCCUUUUGCAGAAUGGUUAUUGCAAAAUAAUCAAUUUAUAACUGAUGAGCAACACUUGGAAAUGUCAAAGACUGCCUUGCCAUCUGCUGCUACAGCUGUUGGAGGGCUGGAGGAGGUAGACAUUACUCAAGAUGAAAAUAAAUGUAUCUUAAACCAUUUUGCUGAAAUUUUGAAACUAUACUGGUCAAUUAUUAACAAAGUAUCUGGUGGACAAGAUGUGAUUCUAAAAAAUUACCACGAGGAUGAGGUGGAAGCUUCUACGUGGUUUGACAAAAUAAAAUCAAGUGAAGUGAUUGAUAGUUGCACCAUCAAGCAUAGUGAAGUAUUGAAAAAAUUAACUGUUCCAUUGGAGGUGAAUGAAUUAAUUAAAAUUGCAAGUGUGCUCUUAGCAUACAACAACAGUCUGGUGGUGGAUCUGAGUGCUGUUGCUUGUGUAGAGGAUGUAGAGCAGGAGCACAGUACUAGAAAGAACUUAUCAGCCCUUGUAGAGAAAAUGUCCAGAGCUAUUGAAACUUUUCUGGCCUUCAUCCCAUGGGACUACACCUCCUGUGAGAGGGAGAUGCAGGAUUUAUUACCUUCUUUGGAAGUUGCACUAAAAGAAUUUUCAGUAUCAGUGGACACUGGCAAUCUUGAAAAUGUACCCUUUGAGCAACAAAUGGUAAUUUAUGACAUUGACAUUUUGUGUGCAGUGCUUGGCUUAAGAGUGGAAUUAGCCAGUCGCUUGAAGAAGAUACAAACAGAAUUAUGGUUUCACCAAGACGAGUUAUACUACAUUUUAAAAUGGAUAAAAAGCUUUGAGCGAAACAUGUUCCAACCAAAUGACGUAUUUUACAACAUGGGGUUUACUGAAAAAAAGUCCAAGUUCAUUUCAAAUAACAUUCCUGCACAUCUGUUUGAUCUCCAAUCACCUUUAUAUUGGGCUGAAUCUUACAUUGAAAGCAUGUUCCGAUGUCAUCCUCUUUUAUCUGAUUCCAAUGAUUUCCCUUACAAAUCAUUACAUAAUGAUUACCCUUAUGCACCGGAAAACAUUCCAUUUAGAGCGUUAAUAAACUUCAGAAAACCAAGGCUACCUGGAACGGCGGAAAUAAAUAUUAUCAAUGUAUCGGACAAAUCAAGUCAAGAUAUUCAAAACUCCAUUGACAGUUACUUGCUCCAAAACUCCAGAAACAGGCAUAGUCUGUUGUUUCAUGGGACUGACCAUGUAUCUGCAGUCUCUGUUUUAGAGCAAGGAAUAAGGGUUAAAGAUGGUCAUGCAGCACAGGACUUUACAAAUAAAGAAGGUUUUUACCUGUCCUAUUCUUACCACGAAGCCAAAGAUUGGGCCAUAAAAGGUGGCAAUGAUCCUGCUGUGAUUGUGUUUAAUAUACCGCAGAUGUUGCUUGUGGAGGCUGACAACAAUGGGCGUGACUUGACACCUGAUACCCCAGAAAACAGGAGAGAGUGGGAAGAAACAAUCAAGUAUUGUCGAAGUGGUUAUAAUGGAGAUGAGCCUUCAAGGUUUAGAACGUACUCCUUCAUUAAGGGACACAUGUGUUGUAAUCCGCAAGAUGUAAAGAGAGGACACACCCCUGCAAAGCAUUCACCGCCCAAACUGCAGUUGUGUGUAAAAAAGAAGCGAUAUGCUCAAGUAUUUGGAAGUACCAGCCACAUUUUGUGUGCCGUAUUCUACAAAAAAUCUUAAAAUAAAUCCAUUUACAUUAAUAAAUUGUAUUUCCUUCAUGCAUUUUUUGUGUGGUAGUUCUCCAUAGUUUUUUGAAUUAGCUUUCAUAUUAAACAAAUUUUAUGCAAUAAUACGCUAAAAAAUAGAUGCUAAAAAAUAGAUGCGUAUCAUGAAUAAGGUAAUUCAUUUAGUGUAAAAUAUGCUUUAUAGUCCAUGGACAGUUUUUUUUGCUCUUAAAAUUUACAAAUGCAUUUUUUCUAAAAACUAGGCCUACAGCACAAUGCUGUAUUUAAUAAAUAAAUUUUUAUUUAAAAAAAACCCAUCAGAUAGUAAUUAUUUUUAGCUAUGUAGUUUAAUAAAAAACAUGUUUAAUAAAAUUACUCUAAAGUUAUUCAAUUAAAAAGAUUUUUUAAUUUUUUUUAUACAUACAACAUUGUGAAACUUAUGUGAGUCAACAUAUAAUUUAACUGAAAAUGAUAAGUAUAAUACUGUUAAUUUACUAAUAGUUAUUGUAUUUAUUUUGAUAUAGUUUUAUAAAUAUUAUUGAUUGAAAAUUGUAACUGUAAUA